ACUGUUGUUGCGAUCGGGCAAGUAUUAUGCUUCAAGUACCGGUACCGCAGAUGAAGUUAUAUUUCGAUUUCAUUCCAAAAUCAAAACGAAAGCCCUUUUAAUUAAAGUAAUUCCACGAUGCUCUCCAUCCGACUUCCAGCUCUUUUCCUCUUUUUGAUGACGGCUGUGGCUGUCGAAGCAACAGACAUUGUCAUGAAAAAGUAAGUCAAUUUUGUAGUCUGCCAUGUCGUGCAACCCAAUCUUCGUGCCUAGACAUUGUCUAAGACAUCUUGCUAACUGCCGUAUCCACCACGACCCAUUGCAUGCAGAAACCAAAAAAUCAAGAAGAAAGGUCAAUUUACGUAUACCUACGACAACGAUGUUGCUAACAAGUGCGAAACAGUUCUUCUAAUCGGCGUUGGAACCGCCAUGACAACAACGGCCUACAACAUACUUUCUGAGAAGACUUCCGCAGGCGCACCUGUUGUCACCGUUUUCUUCGACGCCAACCCUGGCAACAUUGUGAAGACUGGUAACAAAAAAUACGCCAAUUUCUACAAUGCUUUCAUUGAAAACUUAUCUGAGUAUGUUCCGGUUUGCGAGGGUAAAUCCCCGAAAUUUAUCGCUGGGGGCCAUAGUGGCAGCGGUCGAGCUGGGCUCCAAGCCAUGAUGCACAAUGGUAUCAAACCUGAUGGCUACAUUGGGCUUAGUCCUUACCAGGCCUCUGCAAAGAAGAUUUGGGGAAUCGGGCCAGGUGCAGCCCCUGCCACUUCGAUCGAUCCAAACCGUCCGGUAUUGACGUGGGGGUUUGAAAGGCAAACAUGUGGUGUUGAUCCGGCUAUUGCUGGGAAAUCCGAGUACAAACUUUCUGGAGAAAGUAACCGGGUCUUCUAUCGGAUUGAUAAUCAAGACACUCGAUCUGUCGGACACUGUGAGUUCACUGAUUCUGGAUGUUUUCCUGUCCCCAUCCCCAAUUGUCCCGACCCCAAAAACGAUGACGUCAAGGAUGUUGUGGCCGAGGCUAUUCAGGCGUUUGCCGCGAGUGUGUCGUCGGGAAGCAUUGACAAAAGCAACUUCGACUUUGACACAGCAAAUCCCUCCGUACCGAUCAGCGUCUUCGUGAAUUCCGAACCCGAAGUUCCACCUUCGUAAGCAGAGCUUUAAGCGACGUUUAUAAACGAACAAGCAAGAAAACAAAAGUGAUUGUUCUAGUAAUCAAAUCGAACGAUAUUU